AUGGAUUCAAAUCCCCGUGCAGCCCUGGAGCGCCAGCAGCUCCGCCUCCGGGAGCGGCAGAAAUUCUUCGAGGACAUUUUACAGCCAGAGACAGAAUUUGUUUUCCCUCUGUCCCACCUGCAUCUCGAGUCACAAAGACCCCCCAUAGGUAGCAUCUCAUCCAUGGAAGUGAAUGUGGACACACUGGAGCAGGUAGAGCUUAUCGACCUUGGAGAUCAGGAUGGAGCGGACGUGUUCUUGCCUUGCGAAGAUCCUCCGUCAACACCACAGAUGCCUGGAGUGGACCACCAUCCAGAGGAGUUGAGCCUGCCAGUGCCCACACAGGACAGGACCACAUCCCGGACCUCCUCCUUAUCCUCCGAUUCCUCCAACCUGCACAGUCCCAAUCCCAGUGAUGGUGGAGCAGACACGCCCUUGGCACAGUCUGAUGAAGAGGAGGAUGGGGAUGAUGAAAGGGCACAGCCCAGAACCUGCAGCUAGCAGUGGGCUUCUUGCAGACUGACUGAGCGGGCUGCUCUCCAUGGAGGCCCUGGGCCCAGAAAGAGCACUCUGGUGAAGACCAGACCAUUUACUUGCAGUUGCCAUGAAAGGGUGGGAAGGAAGAAUGGUGGGGCAGUGACCUCUUGAGAAUUAACCCCUCCCUGCUUUACUGCUAACUUUUUCCUGCUGCAAAUUCUCCCACCAGUUUUUGGCUUACUCUUGAGGUAACACUUGUAAGUGACGAGACAGAAGGUGAGGUAGGGACAAGAUGCUACUGCUUUUCUUAGCACUGCCUGCACCCCCAAAUGCCCUGUAGUCGUCUAGUGGUCUCCCGAGUGUCUCUAAAGGGAUGUGAACUCCUUAGCACACCAGAUGAGGUGGUACCCCAGCGUCCUGCCUCCUUACAUCCUUUCUGGAACAGGGCAUGGUAUAAAUAAUAAACUAAAAAUACACCAACCAUUUCAUCUCAUUCUUCAUAAAGAUAUCAAGUCCAUUAUAUAUUCUUGGCUGUCUGAUCAGCACCAUAAUCCCAUCUUUCAUUUAUUCCAUGUAUUCAGGAACUACUUAAGAAUUUAAUACUUGUGUAAGACAUUUGGAAUAUAGUUCUAAGACAAAGUGUC